UCAGAGUUAACGCGAGAUUCCUUUCCCAAGCGAGCUUGUCAUCCAUUCAGGAAGGAGGUCUCAUUAGCUUAGCUUAAAUAGCUACAGCCUCUCCAGUGCAAAUAUGGCGUCGGUAAACCCAUUUAAUCUUAGUGAUUCCGAGGAGGAGAGUGAACGGCGACCCAAUGAGACAGUUGACACAGAGCGUAGCCCGAGUGACGGGGCGCCAGGACCACCGCCGGGCAACCCCUUCUCUCCGUCCGCGGACGCCGAGCCUCCGACGCUGCUGCUGUCCAGCGUCAACCGAACGAGCCCAAACGGGGAGGGCAUCUUUUCCGCGGCCACCGCAGCUAUGGCAGGCGGUGCCGAAACGCGGGUGUCGGUGGAUGUCAUUGCCGCUCAGCUAUUACGCGAUCAGUACAUCCUCACGGCCUUGGAGUUACACACAGAACUGCUGGAGGCGGGCAGGGAGCUCCCGCGGCUGAGGGAUUAUUUCUCCAACCCUGGGAACUUCGAAAGGCAGAGCGGCACGCCACCUGCCAAAGAUCAGGGAAUCGGACCGGGUGGACCCUUGAAUCGAGCGGGCAGCAUCAGCACCUUGGACUCUCUGGACUUCGCCCGUUACUCAGAUGACGGCAAUCGAGAGUCAGACGAGCGGGUGGCGGUGCUGGAGUUUGAGCUACGGAAAGCAAAGGAGACCAUUCAGGCUCUACGCGCCAACUUGACUCAGGCAGCAGAGAGUGACGUGCCCUCUCAGGAGAGAAAGAACUUCAAGUCGAGCCCAGAAAUUCAGCUUCUUCUCUCUCUGUCUCAGGAGCCGAUACGCCCACUAGAGAAAAGAGCCUUAAACUUCCUUGUGAAUGAAUAUUUGUUAAAAAAUGAAUAUAAGCUCUCAUCUAUCACCUUCUCAGAUGAAAAUGAUGAUCAGGAUUUUGAGCUGUGGGAUGACGUCGGCCUCAACAUUCCAAAACCCCCUGACCUUUUACAGCUCUACAGGAAUUGCGGCAGCCCUCUUCCUUCAGCGAGGGACAUGGUUGACGUCGCCGUCGAGACAGAUUUUGGCGACCUCCACGGAAACUGUGCCGUGCCAGAGCCCCCGAAGAAGCCUGACCUCUCGCAACAGCAGCAGGAAGAGGUCGUCCAAGAGUUGGAGUACCAAAUCAGCCUACUGAACAACGAGAAGCAGAGUCUCGCCGAGCAGAUGAAGAAACUUCAGAGUGAGAUUCAGACUUUGAAGCAGACGGUCUCCUCCCCCGCUCCAGCCCCUCUGGACCGGAGCUCCCAGAAUAUAUCCAAUCCCACAUCCUCUUCCGCCACCAUCACUUCCUUGGCUGAACCGCCUUCAGCGGUGGAUCCCUGUCCUCAGCCUCCUGCAGAUAAUGGACAGUACCUGGACAUCCGAGGUGUUUCAGAGGCUGGGAGUGACCCUCCUUCUACGCAAAACACACCACCGUCCCACAAUAAGCUGAAAAGUCGGCCUCCUGUCCAGUUUGAUCAGCCAAACAGGAAGUUAUCCCCGGCCUUCCAGCAAGCCCUGUUGUCCUUCUGCAGAAUGUGCUCAGACAGCCGUCUAGGAGCAGAGGUGUCUCGCAUAGCAGACAGCGAGGAGAGUGUGAUGUUAAUGCUGGGACGCUGCCUUCCUCACAUCGUCCCGAAUGUCCUCCUUGCAAAACGAGAGAGAAUGGUUGCACAUCUUUGCCAGGAGCUGAUUCCUCUCAUCCUGUGUACCGCCUGCCUUCACCCGGAGUCCAAAGAGAGAGACCAGCUUCUUCACAUUCUCUUUAACUUAAUCAAGAGACCGGAUGAUGAGCAGAGACAAAUGAUCUUGACGGGAUGUGUUGCGUUUGCGAGACAUGUCGGCCCCACGCGUGUUGAAGCAGAGCUCCUUCCUCAGUGCUGGGAACAGAUUAACCACAAGUAUCCAGAGAGGAGACUCCUUGUGGCAGAGUCCUGCGGCGCUUUAGCACCAUACCUCCCUAAGGAAAUUCGCAGUUCGCUAGUAUUGUCCAUGCUGCAGCAGAUGCUCGCUGAGGACAAGGCCGACAUGGUCCGAGAGGCUGUGGUCAAGAGUCUUGGGAUUAUUAUGGGGUACAUCGAUGAUGCUGACAAGUACUCCCAGGGUUUUGAGCUGAUGCUGCUGUCACUCAGCGACCCCUCAGAAAGGGUGGUCAGUGCCGUCCACCAGGUCUUCAUCCCGGCAUUCGCCGCCUGGACAACAGAAUUGGGAACCCUGUACACUUCGCUCAUCCCUUCUCUCUUGGCACGUAUAGAGAAACUCCUCAAGCAGGGGGAGCAUGGCCUGGAUGAACACAAGUUGCAUGUAUUCCUGUCAGCCCUGCAGAGUUUCAUCCCUCCUCUAUUUGCUGUGGUGCUGCAGAAUGCACCCUUCACUAGCCGAGCCAAACUCCACGGGGACAUACCUGCAAUAGAGGUAACUCGCUUCCCAAGGCCAGCUUCUUCCCUCCAGGAUGUGGCAACCAUCAUUGGCAGCAGAGAGAUGCUCAGCGCCCUGCUUCUUCUCUAUGACCACCAGCUUGAGCAUGAAGGGACCACCGGUUGGGAAAGCCUGCUUUGGGUGGUCAACCAACUGCUUCCUCAGCUUAUAGAGAUUGUGGGUCGCAUUAACGUGACCUCGUCAACCUGCGUUCACGAGUUCUCUCGCUUCUUUUGGAGGUUCUGUCGAACCUUUGGAAAGAUUUUCACCAACACUAAGGUUAAACCGCAAUUCCAAGAGAUUCUUCGUCUGUCUGAAGAGAACGUUGAUGCUUCAGCAGGGAAUGGUAUUCUUACCAAAGCCACUGUUCCCAUCUACGCCACGGGAGUACUCACGUGUUAUAACCAGGAGGAGGAUCGCAAGUUGUUGGUGGGUUUCUUAGAGGACGUUAUGACAACCCUGUCUUUGUCCCAUGCACCUCUCGACAGCCUGAAAGCUUCUUUUGUAGAGCUAGGUGCCAAUCCAGUGUACCAUGAAUUACUGCUGACCGUCCUGUGGUAUGGCGUGGUACACACCUCUGCAUUGGUCCGAUGUACUUCUGCACGGAUGUUUGAGCUGCUGGUGAAGGGGGUGAAUGAGACGCUGGUAGCUCAGAGAGUGGUGCCGGCUCUCAUCACACUGUCCUCCGACCCUGAAAUCUCUGUGAGGAUAUCCACCAUUCCUGCCUUUGGUACCAUCAUGGAGACCGUCACACAGAAAGAACUGCUUGAGCGUGUCAAGAUGCAGCUGGCGUCUUUCCUGGAGGACCCUCAGUAUCAAGACCAGCACUCGUUGCACAUGGAGAUCAUAAGGACGUUUGGACGGGUCGGCCCCAACGCGGAGCCUCGCUUUCGAGACGACUUCGUACUGCCACAUCUGCACAAGCUGGCGCUUGCCAACAACAGCCAGGUGGUGGAGAGCAAGAGGAUCGACAUCGCCACCCAGCUGUUCGAGGCCUACAGCGCUCUGUCCUGCUGCUUCAUUUCAGAGGAGGUGAUGAGCAACCACUUCCUGCCCGGUCUCAGGUGUCUGCGUGCUGACAUGGAGCAGCUCUCCCCGGAACAUGAGGUGAUUCUGAGCUCCAUGGUCAAAGAGUGUGAGAUCAAGGUGGAAAACCGAGGGAUGUGCGAUGCACAAGGCUCCAUUGCAUCCAGUUUGGUGGGCGAGGAUGCCAAGACGAAGUUCCUGAGCAAGAUGGGUCAGCUGACCACGUCGGGCGCCAUGCUGGCCAACGUCUUCCAGAGGAAGAAGUGAACGCGAACAGCGCAAACUCGAAGACUCGUCGGCUGAGCUCCCAAGUACAUGACAAAUCAAAUGUGACGUGUAUUUUAAAAGAUGAUUUUUUGCAGCCUCAUCAAGGAUGGUUUGCUUUUUUUUUUUUUUUUUUUUUCCUUUUUUAUUUUUUUAACUCAGCCAGUGUUUGUUUGACUUCUUCAUUUACAAAAGGAGCGCAACAAGAGGAAGAAAGUGAGCAGUAUUGACACUCGCCCAUAGUCAUGGCAGGUGGGACGCCUUUUCGGGACAUUCAGGACUUGAAGGUAUCACUGGAACAAAUGUGCGCUGCCUGCUGGAGGUCACCUCACAUUUUUAAUGUUACUUUGGAGCAAACACUUCAUGGACGGCCUGCGAUAUUUAGCACAUCGGAGUAAAAAUGACACUGAAAGUGGAUAUUGCGAGUGUACAGUGAGUGUGUGUGGGUGUGUGUAUGGUACCGAAACAUCGCCUACUUGAAGUUCUAAAUAAUCAUCUUGCCUUUGUUUCCUCCAAAAGUCUGUCUUUGCGCUCUGUUUUGAUAGCGUCUAUUUUAUAACGUAUUUAUGUCUUAAUGAAGAACACACUUUAUUUCCCACUUCCAAAGAAAUUUGCACUUCAUUUUCAUCAAUUCUCAUGCACAUAAAUGAUCACUACUGUUGCGUUUCAUGUAUUUCUGUUCAUACUUUUCCUUAUUGAUUGUCUUUGAUCAUUUAUUUUCUAUGUGGACAUCAGGGGGAGGGAGAUAUAUAAAAAAAAAAAGGAUAAGCUUAUACACUGACUACAGUGAGUGGAUGGUACUCGUGUAUAUUUGGAAUCCGUGUCAUGGUGUAAUAAAAGAUCAUUUGUGUAUUUAAAAGAAAAAGCGCUUUAUGGCUCAAAGUGUCAACAGGUGCUAAAGGCUAUAAAACAAAAGGCAUUUGACAGACAAACACUCUCCUCGUAGCCCCGCCCCUCAUCAACCAACACUUUGAUGUGCUCUAAUGUCUGCCUGCAACAAACCAAAGUCCAAUUUAUGGGGCAUUCCCAACCGUUUCCUGCAGCAAAAGUCCCAGAUUGAGCGUGGACACAAGACCGUAGACACCCAUUUGGAGCUGUUUACAGUGUUUGCAUGUGCAAUUUUUGUUAAAAACAUGAUUAUUUUUUUAGCUGUAGUUGGGGUAACACAUGCAGUAAAGUUGAAAUUCAUGACAGUAGGGGGAGCCCAGGAGCCAAAAUUAUACACUUGUGGAUUUAAUAUAUGAUCUGUUGCUUUAUUCAUCUACAAUAAUAAUGCAAUGUACUAAUUUAAGUAUUUAUAGAUGGAUAAAAUAUACAUAGGAAAAAGGAAGAGUGAGAUUGGUGCCUGCCAUUUGCAGUUCACAACUGUAGGAAAUACUUCAUGGCGGAUUUGAUACAUAGAAAAAAAUGACAUAUUUACAUUUUUUGGUAUAUUUAAAUAUAUAGAAAUUGGGUGUGCAGCUCAUUAGCUGUUAACCAUUAUGCAUAAUGUUAACACUGCCAUUGAUAAACAUUAGCAUUUGCUAUAAAUACAUUGGUGUGAACAAGUGUUUGCCCCCUUCCUGACUUCUUGUUUGCAUGUUUGUCACACUUAAAUGUUCCAGAUCAUCAAACAAAUGUAAAUAUUAGUCAAUGACAACACAACUGGACACAAAAUGUAGUUUUUAAAUGAAACUUUUGGUUAUUAACGGAGAAAAAAAUUCCAAACCUACAUGGCCCUGUGUGGAAAAAGUGAUUUCCCCCCCCUAAACCUAAUAAGUGGUUGGGCCACCCUUAGCAGCAACAACUGCAAUCAAGCGUUUGUGAUAACUUGCAAUGAGUCUCUUACAGCGCUGUGGAGGAAUUUUGGUCCACUCAUCUUUGCAGAAUUGUUGUCAUUCAGCCACAUUGGAGGGUUUUCCAGCAUGAAGCGCCUUUUUAAGGUCAUGCCACAGCAUCUCAAUAGGAUUCAGGUCAGGACUUUGACUAGGCCACUCCAAAGUCUUCACUAUUUUUUUCUUCAGCCAUUCAGAGGUGGACUUGCUGGUGUGUUUUGGAUCAUUGUCCUGCUACAGAACCCACAGAUGACCGGACAUUCUCCUUCAGGAUUUUAUGGUAGACAGCAGAAUUCAUGGUUUCAUUUAUCACAGCAAGUCUUCCAGGUCCUGAAGCAGCAAAACAACCCCAGACCAUCACACUACCACCACCAUAUUUUACUGUUGGUAUGAUGUUUCUCUGAAGUGAGGUGUUACUUUUUUACGCCAGAUGUAAUGGGACACAUGCUUUCCAAAAAGUUCAGAUUUUGUCCCGUCAGACCACAGAGUAUUUUCCCAAAGGUCUUGGGGAUCGUCAAGAUGUUUUCUGGCUUUUUGUUCAGCAGUGGUUUUGGCCUUGGAACUCUGCCAUGCAGGCCGUUUUUGCCCAGUGUCUUUCUUAGGGUGGAGUCAUGAAAACUGACCUUAACUGAGGCAAGUGAGGCUUACAGUUCUUUGGAUGUUGUUGUGGGGUCUUUUAUAACCUCUUGGAGUCGUCGCUGCGCUCUUGGGGUCAUUUUGGUUGGCCGGCCACUCCUGGGAAGGUUCACCACUGUUCGAUGUUUUUGCCAUUUGUGAAUAAUGGCUCUCACUGUGUUUCGCAGGAGCCCCAAAGCUUUAGAAAUGGCUUUAUAACCUUUUCCACACUGAUAGAUCUCAAUUAAUCUCAGUAAUGUUUUAACAGGGGGCAAUUAUUUUUUUCAAAUGUUCACUUAUCCCUUUCGUUUGUCAUUUAUAUGCAUUUAGUUGUUUUAUGCAUGUAAAACUGUACUUGUAAAACUAUAAUAACAUGUUUUGUGUUAACAUUUUUGAGUGUUACCAGCUGAUGACAUCAUGGAUUGGCGAGAAAAUCUGUUGAGCAUGGAAGAUCAAGAUCAAAAAUACUAUCUGCCCUAAUGGCUGGACAGGACAAAAAAAGAAAGGUAAGGAUGGUAGCAAGAACUUUUUUUUUUUUUUAUGAAAAAUUGAUUAAAAACACAGUUGGACUCAUGCAGCGUAUUAAGAACACAACAACAUGCGCCAUAUUGUGUGCUCACUGGAGAGAAUGCACUUAAACCAAGGCAAAAUUUUGAUUAUGUUAAGCGAUCAGCAUGCUAACAGGGGCAGACCCUAACUGAGGUUCCACUCUGUAUCGAAACAAUUGGUUUUGCAGCUCAUUAUCCAGUAUGUCAACCACCACCUAUUAUUGAUAAAACAUUAGCUUUUGUAGCGGGAGCCCAUGAGCAAAUAAUAUACCACAUAGCCCAGGGAUAUCCAAAGUGCGGCCCAGGGGCCAUAUUCGGCCCUGCAAUUCCGUUUUAUUGACCCUCAGCAUAUUGUAAAAAAAAAAAAAAAAAGUAUGUAAAUGAUUAGCUAUUACACUAAUUUGCGUGUUCACCUAUAACACGAAGAUGCUGGUGUUAUAUUGACCUAUAUUGGAUUUUCUUUUCCAGCAUUUUUAAUGCACAAAAUGUAUCAAAGUGGACCCCCCCACAUCCUUAGAUUUUUUUUUCGGGCAGAUGUUUGCACACCCCCUGUUAUAGCUGAUUCAAUGCAUGAAUUCAGUUAAAAAAUAUAUCGAAGCACGGUUGAACAUGAUGUGUUUCGGAUUUUUUUAUUGGAAAAACAAACAUUUAGCAGCAUUUUAUUCAACAAUAGUUAAAUGUAAGCGUACAAGUAAAAAGAACAUGAUUUUAGCAGUUGAUCUUUACGCAAGGUACCCUAUUGAUAAAGAGCAUCCUUUGCAUAUUCAGGCUAAUAUUCAACCUACGUUCCUGAUAACUGUGCAGGUGGACAAAUAAUUGAUAUGGAUCUAUAGUGAGGUGUGCUUGGCGCCCUUUUAUGUGUUCCGCUACACGGCUCUCAUUCCUGCGCUGCUCGAUGUUUGUUGACUCGUGUCAAGCAUGCCUCUGCCUGCCAGAUGAGGCGUGGCCAUGCAAAUACGCGCGCACAUUUAGCUCUUUUUUUUUCAACGCAAGCGUGCAUGGUGCAAAAGUAGCGCUCAGUCGGCAGCUCUUACUCACAGGAGCGACUUGAGUGAGUCACGGGUCACAUCUGUUUCCCAAAUGAGAGAAACGCUCAGUUUUCGUCAGCAGAAGCAUUCUUGCAUUAAU